UGCGUUAUCAUUUGUCGUAUGUCAGAUUUUCCUCUAUUUUCCAUCGAGUUUUCAGUUCCCAUUCCCGCAAGUUACUUAUUAGUUUGCAGUGUGCGCAACCACCAACCAAUGUUGAUGUGUUGAUCGUGAAUUUUAGUGCCUACUACUUUGAAGAUGAGGUUAUAAUUUGAAAAUUUUGAACGUUAUUUUGAUUGCUAUUUAAUAUCUUCGAGUGCAGAGAAUGUUCUCUUAUGGAUAGAAAAUGAAACAAUUUUUUAUAUUACUGUGGAAUUAAAUAGUAUCAUUCAAUUAAUUAAUAAUGAAGUACUUCAAUAAAUCAGAAAAGAGGACAGUGCAAACAUUUUUGUUGACACAUACUACUGGUUUGUUUGGUUUAGAUUAUGAUGAAUAUGCUCUAACUUCCAAUAACUCACUUUUUUGAAAUGUAGACGCUACGAAUGAUAAGAGACGAAACAGAAAUCUCAAUAUGAAGUUUGUCCUCUAUAACACCUGAAGGAUUUCAAAAAUUCAGGUGAAAUGAGGUUUGACAAGAGGGGUUCUUCAGUUAGUUUCAGCAAGUCUGAUACACAAACAAUUCAUGAAGAUCAUCCUUCAGAAGUUGUGGAUGAGGAUCAUCAACAGCUGAGCCUUGAUCCUACUCUUCAAACAUAUUUGGCUGAAGUAUCUCAACGUUCUGGUUGUUGGGGUAGAUUUUUUCCCAUACCUUUCGAAAGGGCCUCUCAAAAAUCAUGGUGGGAUCCUUCUUUUGACUCUGAUAUUUUAGAAGAACAAUACAAAAGGAGUUCUUAUCGACAUUGGAUAUUCAAAUUCAGAGUAUCAUCCUGGUACAUCCUGCUGACAUCGUCAUGUUGGUCAAUCUACUUCUUGGUAAUGGGAUACCAAAAAGAAUCACAAAAUUGGAUAAGCAUAUGUUGUAUAUUCGGCUUCACGGCCAUAAUGUACGCAAUCCUCAUAGCUUUACUCACUUACACAAAAUGGCACAGACGUCAUCUACUCAAACUAUCCAUGGCCGCAACGUUCUUCAUGUGCGCCGUUAGCCUGUUGGUUGUCUACCUGGUCCCAAUAACGGUGGACGAGACCAAUUCGAACCUGACCUCGGAAAUAAGUCCCGUCGGCCAUUUUUCGAUUUGUAUAGAAAUUUUGUUACUGAUAUAUACCUUGAUACCGAUGAAGUUUUACAUGUGCAUAAUAGCCGGCAUCUCAUACUCCGUUCUCUUCGAAACUCUAACCCUCACCUUCGAGGAGACCUCGUUCCAUAUUUACAUUUUGAUAGUGAGGUUUAUGUCACACUUUUGUAUACAUUUGAUAGGCUUACAUAUUUUAAUCAUGACCAACGUGAGGUUCCGGAACACCUUCAUGAAGGUCGGUCAGAGUCUGUUGGUGAGGAGACAGUUAGAAUCGGAAAAGAAGCUGAAAGAGAACAUGAUCCACUCGCUGAUGCCGCCCAGUGUCGCCACUUGGUUGUUGGACGACGACGAGAACUUCACCAAGAACGGCAUGGAACAAAGAAACUCCGAUCCGGCUACCAACGAUCUAGGCAGGAUCUUCCGGCCUUUCAACAUGAACAGGAUGGAGAAGGUCAGCAUACUGUUUGCGGACAUCGUGGGUUUCACGAAGAUGUCUUCGAAUAAGAGCGCAGAAGAGCUGGUCGAAAUAUUGAACAACCUGUUCCAGAGGUUCGAUCAUCUGUGCGAGUACCACAACUGCGAGAAGAUCUCCACCCUGGGGGAUUGCUAUUAUUGCGUCUCUGGUUGUCCUGAACCUAGGCCUGAUCACGCCAAGUGUUGCGUGGAGAUGGGCCUUAGCAUGAUUCAGGCGAUCAAACAGUUCGACGAGGAGAAGAACGAAGGGGUCAAUAUGAGGGUGGGGAUACAUACUGGGACCGUUUUGUGCGGUAUAGUUGGUACCAAGAGAUUCAAAUUCGAUGUGUGGAGCAACGAUGUCACCUUGGCCAAUAGGAUGGAGUCGACUGGUAAGCCUGGGAUGGUGCACAUAUCGGAAACCACGCUGGAAUACUUGGAUGGGGCUUAUUUGACUGAAGAAACGGAGUCUAUUCAUGGAUUAAAGACGUAUUUCAUCCUUGGUAAAAUGGGUGACAAGACGCCAUCUUACUCAGGGAGCUUUAGAGCGGAAGGUCGACAGAGAUACUGCAACUCCCUGCGCCUUUUCGUCUCACCACCAAUAUCAUCACCCACGCUGUCACCACAAAGCAGACCACGUGUUUUAUCCUGUGAUACAACAUCCAACUUCCUGAAGCAGACCUCCUACAAUCCGAACAUGUUGUCUCCGGACGUGUGCAAAAUAAAGGCCAGUAGUCUUCCCAGUAUAUUGGAUUCCGAAAACGAGCAAGAGACUGAUAUGAAAGAGAUGGCCGGAGAACAAAUCAAAACCCCAACUUCCACGGCUAGCGAAGAGAAGUAUACAACGCCAAAAGGAAAAUCGUGGCGGUUAUCGAAGCUUCUCAGGAAAUCCGAUCAAUUGAGAAAAGAUAAUCAGGAUUUGUUGGACGUCAAUCAAGCGGACAGUACUUCUAGUACGGCUACACAAUCAGGUUAUAAACAAGUUCCUACGAUAAUCGAAACUUCGAAUGGAACCCCAGUGCUGAACGGUAGACGCAAAGAUUCCUGGCUUGAUGUUGUUUUCAACGCGAGUAAUCCGUAUUUGGAAGAUCAAAAGGAGUCUAUCGACGUUAAAUCUUACAUAAGUCAAUCUAGGAGUGAUAUGGGCCAGUAUGAGUUAGCACCAAACGAAUUGACCAACUUUGUUAGGGGAGGUAGUUACAGAUCCCAAUACAGCAGAUCACCCAGGGAAUCUUUGGAUUUACUUCAGAGAGCUGGAAGUAGUAGGUCAAGACGUGGAAGGUCUCCGAAUUUGGAUAUAGUUCCUACUGAAAGAUCAAGGAGUGCAACUGUAGCAGCUCCAUCAUCGAAUUUUAAAAGACUCUCAACUAAAUUUUCCCUUGAUGUGCCAUCUAGACUAACAAGCGUGGCGAACUUGGAUGAUCACCAUUAUGCCAACAGCAGAAAAGACUCGGGUAUAAAAAGUAACAGCAGAAGGAGUAGCAUUCAGCAAGAUGCCAUUUCUAUUUUUCAGAUCGAUGUAUCAUGUGGGGAUAUCCUACAACAGAGGGUAUCGGGAUAUUACACUUCCAGUCAAAGCAGUAUCAGCUCCCCUCAAAACGCCAAUGUGAGAAUGCGGACGAGUCCUUUUUUCGACAAAUUCGGGACUUGCAUUCAAAACUUACGUAAGCAAUCAGACCGACAGUUGAUCAAAUGCGUACAAGAAAAUGUCAAAUCUAGAAGUUCCUAUUUUAUAAAACCCCCUUUAUCGAAACUUACACUGUUUUUCAACGACGAACAAAUGGAGCAAGAUUACAGGACAAAUGUACAUUCUUUGAACGAUCAAAACGAGUCAAUUGUGACAUUAGCAAAUUCGAGAUUCAACACUUACUUUGACAUUUUCGUUUCUUUUGUAGUACUUUUUGUGACUGCUAUAACUCUGUUAAUACUUCACGGUUUCACAGAAUUGUGGUUGAUUAUGUUCCUUAUAUUUAUUGUAAUUCAAUUAUGUGGAUUUAUUUUUUGCCUGACGUAUGUACUGAAUGCCAUGGAAAGGGUAUGUUCGUGUUUAUCCAGAUUUUAUAGAUGGAAUUUAUUUGGUGGAGUCUUGGUGAGUUUGCCUGUUAUUACAGUGAUGAUCAACUUCUGUACCAAAGUUAUUCUUCCUCUAUCUUCAGAUUAUCUUUAUACUUUUCUAUUGCUUGUUGGAUUAGUUCAUUUUUGUAAUUUUACCCAGUUGAAUUGUUGGAUGAAAAAUAUUUUAGCAACAAUUUGUAGUGGCGUAUUCAUUUCUCUAUUUCUUACAGAAUCUUGCCCCACUCCUUCUUUAGAGAAUAUCUUGGGAUUAUCAACUAACCCAGUUGCACAACAUUGUCAUUAUUUAUACAAACAUGAAAUAGUAAUGGAUCUCUUUCUCAUUCUUUUUUUAGUUUGGUUGUUGAAUAGGGAAUUUGAAAUAACUUACCGUUUAAGUUUUCAUACAGGUUACAUAGCAAAUCGUGACAAAAUUCAUGUACAAAGUUUGAAAAACCAAGCGGAUUAUCUUAUUUAUAAUAUUGUUCCUGAACAUGUAGCUGAACAACUUAAGAAAAAUGCCAAAUAUUCGGAAAAUUUUAAUAACGUGGGUAUAAUUUUUGCAAGUAUCGUUAAUUUCAAUGAAAUGUACGACGAAAGUUAUUUAGGAGGUAAAGAAUUUCUAAGAGUAUUGAAUGAACUUAUUGGGGAUUUCGAUGAAUUGUUAGAUAGGCCUGAAUUUCAGUCAAUAGAGAAAAUAAAGACAAUAGGUAGCACUUUUAUGGCUGCAAGUGGCUUAAACUCUGAAUUGAGAAGGGAGCAGGUGGAUCCUAACGAUCAUUUGUUCGCUUUGAUGGAUUUUGCUCUGGAACUUCAGAAGGUUGUUGAAGAUUUCAAUAGGGACCUCUUGGAAUUCAACUUGAUAAUUCGUAUAGGAUAUAAUUUUGGAGAUGUUACUGCAGCAGUUAUCGGAAACACAAAACUUUAUUACGAUAUUUGGGGAGAUGCUGUGAAUAUCGCAUCACGUAUGGAUACCACAGGUGUAAAUGGUCAUAUACAAAUUGGGGAAAACUGCCUAUCCGUGUUGCAACAGCGGUACGCCUUCAAACCUAGAGGUUCGAUUUUUGUAAAAGGAAAAGACAAUAUGAAUGUUUAUCUUUUAGAACAUAAGAAAAGUCACGCCGAAAUAUACCAAUGAAUAUAUAUUUAUUGUGCCUCUGCCAAAAAAUUUUAUGCAUUCCAAAUGUUGCUUGAACUGGUGUAAGAAUACUUGACCAAAUGUGUAGCCUUAGUUUAUUAAACGCUCUGAUAAUGAAUAUGAUUGUUAUACACAUUAUAUAUAUAUUGAUAUAUCUCUAUAUAAAUACUUGGAAAUACUGGUCAAAAUCAUGAAACAAGUUUAUUUGGUUGUGUGUGAAGAAUAGAUUGAUACUGUAAAUACUUUUUACAAAAUGAACCACAAUAUUCCUAGAAUUCUGACGCAGUGAAAUAUCUGUCAAAAUAUUCUAAUUUUUGAUAUUUUCUAUUAUAUCAUCUUCUAUUAUACUACUUUCCAGGUUUAAUCUUAAAUGACAUAAAUGCUCAAUAUCUUUUCAAGCUUCUACAUCAGUAAUUAUAUGUUUUAUGUAAAUAUGUUGACCAUCAGAAAUAACCAUGAUCUAAAUGAAGACAAAAUUUUCUAGUCAAAGAAUUAUUCGAAAUUCUAGAAGUAUGAAAUAAGAGAUCAGUUCUGAUCAGAAUAUUUCCAUAAAGGUCUGUUAUAAGGAAAGUUUUGUCGAACAAGAAUACUCUUUAUCGAACAAAAUGUUUUUUAUUACAUCAUAUCGAGAUCAUUCAAUAUUAUUUUUCACAAGUUAUUUAAUGAAAAUGAAUUAAAUGUUCAGAUCACUGUGUAUUACUUUUUGGAUAAUUCAAUAUGUAUACACAUUUAUUGUUUUAUUAUUUAUUGUUGUUUAUUUUUACUAUGUAAAUAAGUGAUGCAAAUUAUUAUGAAUUGUUGAGUUUUUGUUACUCAUGAAUUGACAUUAUAAAUUGAAUUAGUCAAAAUUUCUGACACCUUGAGAAAAAUCUCAAUUUCUAAAUAUUUUUUAGAAUCACUAACAUUUUUCUCAAUCAUUGAGAAUUUUAUUCAAUUUUUUCAUUGAGUAGUCAUCAGAAUCAAGUAGAUUAUAUUUCACCCAUUCCCAAGCCUACCUCAGCUGUUCUGAGAGUAAAUUAUAGGCACCAAUUAUAUUUUCCAUGAACUAAUAACAGUUAGGAUAUUUUAGAAUCUGUGAUAAAUUUAGAUUUCUACAGUAACUCAAAAGAUAUGCUCGAACAUAUUUUCUUAAUAAGAAUUACAAAUUAUGGAAAUCCUUCGAAAAUGGUGUCACUCAUUUCUUGCCAAAUAGUACAAAAGAUAUUAAAGUACCUAUUGUGGGAAUCUACAGAAUCUCAAACAUGAUUAUGUGAAAAUACAGAAAAUAAUGAAAUCAUUUGUAAUUAUCAUUGUGAUGUUUUUAAAUUUUUAUUUGCACUAAAUUAAAAUUAAUGAUAUCUUCCAAUAUGUAAUGUGGUUACUUAAAGAAAAUUAUUUCUUCAAUUUGAUUAUAAAUCAGUGAAAUUAAUAUAAAUGUAUAAAUUAUAAGUUGAACUAUCUUUAUUUAAUUUAUUCAAAAAUGAAAUAAUACCUAUCAAUUUGUGAAAUCUUUUGAAUAGACUCAUAUUUUCUUGAAGUGAUCACAAUUGGCUAACAAUACUUUUUUAUACACUUGAGUAACUUUAUACUAAUUCGACUUUUUAACAUUUUAUACUCAAAUAUCAUAAUUAUUUUACAACUGACUAAAUUUUGAAGUUAGAUGAGUGGAUCAGAGAAAGGCCUCAUUCCAUAUAUAUCGUAAUAUAAUAUGGUGAACCAAAGAUUUUUAUAUUAGUAAAUAUUUUUUUGCAGGAGAAGUUGCGAUUUUUUUUAAUACUUAUACCUAAUUCAAAGUAAAAGAUAUUUUGUUUUGAAUUUAGUAUUCAGUAACAGCCAAAUCUACUAUUUGGCACAAUUCUAAGCUAACCCAGUUAUCUAACUCUUUUAAUAAUAAAAAUAUAAUACAUUGCAUAGUGUAGGACAAAAAAUCAUCUAAUGAACAAAGAUCAUACAUCAUUCAUAUUUAACUUGGUAAGUUUACUAAUACUUCUCCUGCAUUUGAAGCGAUAUCUUAUUCCAAGUAUCCAUUUUUAUAUUAAAUAACCUUGUUCAACGAAAUAAUUGAAAUUGAAUUUUAAAAUAAGACCAGAUUUAUAGCUUUUGUGCAAUCAUCAAUAAUUUAUUGAAAAAUUUAAUAUAACUGCCUGGUUUCUUCUUUGAUUCUCCUCAUUUUAAAAAUGUAUUUAUUUAUAAAUAUUAUGAAAGUGCCUUCUUGUAUCCUUAACUUCAUUGUUGAUAUUCAUUUCACAAUAAUACACAAUUUCAACAUGGAAACCUAUGUGCACCGUCCUUUAUGUAUUAUAUAAUUAAAUCUAUAUAUACCAA